UUCUUUAAUCUCUAUAAAAUAAAAUAAAAUGAAAAAGAUUAUAAAAUCCACUAAACCAAUCCUCAUUCUUCCACUAUUAUUGACAAAAAGGACUCCUUUUUAAAUUCAACCCUCCCACCAUCUCUCUUUCCCUUCAUCUCAGAGAAAAAAACAACUCUCUCUCUCUGUCUGUCACUAACAAGAACGCACGACUCACAAGGCAAAAAUGAUAAGCGGCUGGAGAAGAGCCUUUUGCACUUCCAUACCCAAAGAGAGACACGACGAAGACGACAGCAACUGUGUUCUUGAUUCACCGGAGGACCAACGUUUCCGACACAAACCCUCUUCCAAGUUCGGUUUUUUCUCAACUCCAUCCACCCCUCGUUCUGUUUCCGGCACCUACAGCCUCCGUUGCCGGACUUCUGCAGCCACCGCCGUCGCCACCGCCACACCUUCUGCGUCUCUUCCCUCAACUCCAAAACUAACGUGCAGAACAACCACCGCCGAAUCAACUCCAGCCACAACUCCGACGAGAAACAGUAGCCUCGUUUCUUCUCCGGCGAGCUUCUCCCUCCUCAAAUCAAAACUCCGAUUCAACAAGGCGAAGAGUAGCAACCAAUGUGGAAUCUGCUCACAGAGCGUGAAACCAGGUCAAGGCACGGCGAUUUUCACGGCGGAGUGCUCACACACGUUUCAUUUCCCCUGCGUGACGUCACGUGCCGCAGCGGAUCAUAACCGGCUCGUCACGUGUCCGGUUUGCGGAUCUUCGCUGUUGCCUGAAACUCGAAAUUACGGUAAACCGGGUUCUCAAACCGGACAAGAGACCAGCCGGUUAAAAGUUUACAACGACGACGAGCCUUUAAUCUCAUCUCCUAUGUCUCCCGCUGGUUUCCACACGAUACUCGAAUCCGACGAAAACGAAGACGGCGAGUUCACUGGAUUCUCCGUUAAUACGCCGUCACCUUUAACGGCGAAGCUAUUAACGGAUGAUUCUUUAAGAAACGUGGAGGUUAAGCUCUCGCCGGAAUCUGCGAUCGUUGCGGCGGUGAAAGGUUACGAGACUUACUCCGUCGUUAUGAAGGUGAAAUCUCCGCCCCUUACGACGGCGCGUAGGUUACCGGUGGAUUUGGUUAUCGUUUUAGACGUGGCCGGGAGGUUAGAAUCGCUGAAGCGAACGAUGAAGCUCCUGAUUUCGAAUCUUAAGGAGACGGAUCGUUUAUCCAUCGUCGCGUUUUCGUCGAGCUCGAAACGGUUGUUGCCGUUACGGAGGAUGACGGCGAACGGGAGGAGAUCAGCAAGAAGAAUCGUGGAUAUCAUCUCCGUCUCCGGCGCCGGAGUCGCUUGUAACGGCGGAGGAAUAACCGCGAACGACGCGUUGAAGAAGGCGGUGAAGGUGUUGGAGGAUCGCCGGCAGAAAAACCCUUUCGCCACCGUCUUCGUUUUAACGGACCGUCAGGCCCAUCAGGCCCAAUUAGCGUAUUCUAAAAUUCCCGUCGUGUGGCUCGGCGCGUGGGAUCACGCGGUUUCAGAGGACGCCUUUGCGAGAAGUAUCAACGGUUAUUUGAGUUUGUCUGUUCAGGAUCUCGGUUUAAGCCUCGGGUUGGUGUCUGGGUCGGGUCAGGGAGAGAUUACUGCCGUCUACUCUCUUUCGGGUCGACCCGCCUGGCUUGGAACCGGUUCGGUCCGGUUAGGUGAUAUGUACGCUGGAGAAGAGAGAGCGUUGCUCGUGGAAAUCAAAGCGCCGGUUAGCUCUUCCACUACGAGUAGGUCCCACAGAAUCCUGACCGUUCGAUCUCGUUACGUGGACCCCACAACUCAAGAAAUAAGAAACCCGGAAGAUCGGGCGCUUCUGAUUCCUUAUCCUGUAACCGUACGAUCAUCAUCCAAUCCGAACAUCGGAAGGCUCAGAAACCUCCACGUCAGCACUCGAGCCGUUGCGGAGUCUCGGCGGCUCAUAGAGCGCAACAAUUACUCUGGAGCUGAAAGAUUGCUGACGUCGGCUCGAGCCUUGCUGGUGCAGUACGGCUUGAGCUCGAGUGAUACGUGCUUACGUGGCUUAGACGCUGAGCUUGCGGAUCUUAACGGUGUGAGAGGAAGACAGUUGACGUCAUCAUUGGAGAGUUUGGAGCCGCUUACUCCAACGUCGGCUUGGAAAGCGGCGGAGAGAUUGGCGAAAGUGGCGAAGAUGAGGAAACAUAUGAACAGAGUCAGUGACUUGCAUGGGUUCGAAAACGCUAGAUUUUAGUUUUACUUUAUUUUCCUGUUUUAUAUAAUGUUUCCUUAAUCAUGCUUUAGAACUUGUGUGAUGAUCUGAUACGAAACAAACAGAAUGGUGCAUAAUGAACAUAUAUACAAUCAA